AUGAACAAGCACCACAUCACUGCCUCUCCACCCAUCACCCUGUUCUCACCCCCGCGUCUCCUGUGUCCCCUGCCUCUCCACCCAUCACCCUGUACUCACCCCCGCGUCUCCUGUGUCUCCUGCCUCUCCACCCAUCACCCUGUUCUCACCCCCGCGUCUCCUGCCUCUCCACCCAUCACCCUGUUCUCACCCCCGCGUCUCCUGUGUCCCCUGCCUCUCCACCCAUCACCCUGUUCUCACCCCGGCGUCUCCUGUGUCCCCUGCCUCUCCACCCAUCAUCCUGUUCUCACCCCGGCGUCUCCUGUGUCCCCUGCCUCUCCACCCAUCACCCUGUUCUCACCCCGGCGUCUCCUGUGUCCCCUGCCUCUCCACCCAUCACCCUGUUCUCACCCCGGCGUCUCCUGUGUCCCCUGCCUCUCCACCCAUCACCCUGUUCUCACCCCCGCGUCUCCUGUGUCCCCUACAGAGCCGCAGAGUAGUGAGAGGGCUUAG